AUGGCACACAAACGAGCACUGGAGGCACUUGAUCGCACAAUGAAAGAUCUGCGUGAUAAUUCAAGACCUUUUGGAGGCGCAAUGAUUCUGCUGGUGGGUGAUUUUCAUCAAACACUCCCUGUCAUUCCCCAGUCAACGGCAGCCGAUGGAAUCAGUGCUUGCCUGAAGCUUUCGUAUUUGUGGCGUUAUGUGACAAAAUUGCGGUUGACAACGAAUAUGCGAGUAACGUUACAAGAUGAUCCUUCUGCCGAACUAUUUUCGAACCAAUUGUUGGCGAUUGGGAAUGGAUCAAUACCGGUUGACGCUGCCACCGGAUUGAUAUCUUUUCCACCAAACUUUUGUCAGUUCGCAUCAACGAAAGAGAAGCUUAUUGCUUAUUUCAAAAGUGUUUCCUAA